GGAGGGUUUGCGACUUGUGAGUCUGUGAAGACUGUACGAACGAGACGGUUUCGUCGUGAGUGAAGUGGUUUUGGGGACUGGCGAGGUUGAAGUGAACAAGGUAUUUCGGAUUUUACAAACUGGUGAAACUACCUGGGCCGAGUGGAAAGUCCAGCAUCCCCGACGUCUCACAGGUGCGCCGGGAGCGCCGCGCCGCGCCGCGCCGGCCCGUGCCGACCGCUGCAGGACACCAUGCCCACCCUCUACUGAUCGGCCAGCGUCAUGGCCAAGAUCCUGAAGCAGCUGAGCGCUAUGCCGGGCCGGCUGUUUCCGGCCGAGCCGCCCGAGAAGCAGCGUCCGCCCGAGCUGUUCAUCGACGCCGACGCGCUGGACGUGUACGCGCUGCGCCGGUGUCAGUCGGACCUGUCGCCGCUCUACCUGACCCGCCUGUCGGUGUCAACGGACGACCUGCACGCGUCGACGCUGCCGCCGCCGCGCGGACUCAUCGACACACUGCAGGAGUUCAGGGUGAAGGGCCGAGGAGUGAUGAGACGCGUGCGCGGCGGUGCGGACAAAGAGCGCAGUGGAAAUGCGGUCUCGCGCAGUGAUAGCUUUAAGUUCCAGUCACCGGAGGAGCGAGGAGACAAUAACAUCGUGCCGCCCAGACGGAGAGGCAGGAAGAAGGGAGUCAGACCGCCCUCCAUGCCACAG